CUAUUUAUGUGGCGUUAGGGGACGUUGUAUGGUUCAGUUUCUCAAAUGCAUGGAGAAUUUAAAUUCACAAUCCGGCCCAGUAGAUGGCAGUAUAUGCACUUUUUAUGUUGUUAUGAAAUAAUGAAGAAGAGGUGUAAGAGGCAUAAAAAGAAGACGCAACAAAAACAAAAUAUGCAACAUGGCCGGGCUAAGUACUACACCUACGGUUGUGAUAUGUCGCUAUUUUAAAGAUGGUGUAGAUAAGAUUCAAGUUUAGUGUAAUCCGUUAGAAAUGUCCGAGCCAUCCGUUAUCUAUUAGUGAGAACAAUGCUCUGUGAGAAUAUCAGUUCUGUUUAAUUGCGUCUGGCUCUGUAUGACACCAUUUAGAUGUUGACAGCUCCCGGCUCAAUUCUGACGUUAGGCUUCAGGGAAGAGAAUCCCUUAUUGGUUUGGGGACUCUGUUUACCCUGUCAAUCACAAGCGCGGCAUUACCACAGAACUGCCGUAGCUCCACCACAACUGCUUGAAUGCAGAACAUCCCAAUGGCAGAGGAACGUGCAAAUAAAAUUCCAAUUGCACCUUUACAAACUACAGCUUACACAGCAAAGCAACCGAAGAAAAGAAGGGCAAAAAACGAAAAACACAUUGGGAAGAAAAGGGAAUCUGAUAGAGCCAGGAAUAAAACGAGGGUCAACAUUGGUAUCGCUUUUCAGCCAUGGCGAGAGCUUAUGGAGGUGAAGGGGAUGAAGAGUGAUUCCCAAAUGGCUCUUUUUCUUCUCGACAGCUACGAGCAAAAGCAGACGUUCACAUCUUACAAACGGGGACCGGGAAAACGAGGUCCCCCGGUUUCUCCCAUCGGUGAAGAGUCUCUUUCAGACGGCUCUAAGUUGGGGAAGCUCUCUGAUGGUUUGCGCUAUACGGUGAAACAACGUGACCGUCUUUGUGACCAGGAGACCCAGGCUGAAGACCUGACCCUGACGACCACCAACAUGACUGGCGAAGAGGGAUGCACCGAAAUAACCUUUGAUGUAUCGGAGAUUAAUUUCGCUACUGAUGAAGAUAGCAGUUGUACAAAUGCAGAUGAGCAGGAAGAGGGGGAGGAAGAAGAAGUAGAGGAAGAGGAAGAGGAGGAGGAGGAGAGUGAUGGCUCAGAUCCGGAAUGGUGUACAGAGAUGUCUGAAACUAAUCUGCUGGAGAAAAAUGUCUCUGGGGAAAAGGAACUGAACUCAGAUUCUAAAGUGCCCAAAAAGGUCCGUGAACUUUGUCCAGAAUGUGGUGUGCACUUUAAUGUGGCCAAGACUCACACAUGCGAGCACAAAAUCAAGAAGUUCCCCUGCAAUAUUUGUGGCAAGAGGUGCAAGGAUGUGGGGGCCCUAAAAAGUCAUAGCAGAGUCCAUGAGGAAGGCUACGAGCACCUCUGCAAGUUCUGCAUGGUGCCUUUUAACACAAGGCUUGAUAAAUUAGCUCAUCAGAGAGCCCACAUCCCCAGUUCAAGGCCCUAUAAAUGCCCUGAUUGUGCGAUGACGUUUGCCAAGCUCCGCGAGCGCAAUUUCCAUUUGAAAGAACACCGGGACCAGAAUGUUUCAUGCCCCCUUUGUCCUUUGGUCUUCCCGACUCCCCACUGUAUAAAGAGACACAUGGUGGUGCACACUGGUGUGAAGCCAUUUGUGUGCGAGUUCUGUUUUCGUUCCUUCAACCAGCCGGGCCACCUCACAUCCCACAUGCGCCUGCACACCGGGGAGAAGCCCUACCAGUGCAAGCAUUGUGACAAGAGCUUCAAUCACAACGUGAGCCUGAAGAGUCACGUUACGCGGUACCACAAAGGAGCCUCUGACUCGGAGCCUAUGGGGGACACACCGGAGAAGAUGGAACCACCAGGAACCGGUAUAGAGGAGGUGAAUGAGGAGCUGGUCAUCGGAGACACCGAGGAUACAGGUGGAGAUGUUAUCGAAGGAGACCCUAAGCUCAAAGAAGAACCAAAGCAUUUUAAGAAGACGUAUUAUAGGUCCAUGGGUAGACCCAAAGGAAGGCCCAAAAGAGACUCUACUACGACGGAGAAAGACUUGAUUUCGGCUCUGCGAGGGGAGACCCCGGACCCAACCACAGCAGCUGAUACCUCAGAGGAGGGGCAUUUGAGGAGAGCCACAUCCAAAAACAUUGAAAGUGAUGGCAGUGACAGGGAUCGAACCUCUGAAUUUACGGAAGAGGAUGAGAAGGAGGAAGCCAAGGUACUGAGGAAGGGCAAGUCGAAAGCCAGCCAGAGACCAAAGUCCUUUGAACAUGCAGAGGAUGUUUUUGAGAGUGACGCGGACAAUGAUCCCACAGAGGAGGCUAAUGCGACACAAACGAGGCCUCAAACGGCAGGGAAAACAGGACGACGUAGAGGAAGGCCAAGGAAAAAUCCAGUUGUCUGAGAGUCAUGAUUCUGAAGGAUUACAUUUUUUAAUGCCUACAGGAAAAACUAGAUUCGCCAGAACUGAUUGGGUACAAGCAAGUUGGUAGUUGCCUUUACUCUAAGAUAACUGGAUUGAUAAGAAUAUUGCAAUUUUAUAUGAAAUAUAAAUAUUUGAUGUGAGCCGAGAUUGUAUUGUUGUAGCCAAAGAAGAAAAUAUUAUUUGGCGAUGAAUGUGUCUUUGAUUCGAGGUAAUCAAGUUUAUCAAACAAUUUGCCAUUUAGAAUAUUUGUUGAGCCGUCUUCCUGGGACUAUUCCGUAGAAAAUAUAGAAAUGUAUUAUUGAAUUAGAAAUUGUUUUCAUUUGGUUCGAUGCUCUCGACAUUUGUGUUUGUCUUACAUUCUGUAACAUCACAUCCAAGUGCAUUUUUGAUCUGCACAUUAACUUAACAUCAACUUUACUCAUAAACAAGUCUAGCAGUAAGUCAAGAAAUUUCAAAAAUAAUUAUUUGAACUAUUCGCUAUACUUUUCCCUCAGAUAGAUUUGCUUGGGGAUCCAACCUGCACAUUGCUCUUUAACAAUACAAUGCUAUGAUAUAGAAUAACAUUAUUUUACACACUUAUUCCCCUACUUACAGUUUAAUAUUGUGAACUGUUACUUGUUACCGAAAGUAUAAACCGGAAAAUCUGUAACAUUGGUUUCUGUCUUCCUUCUAUAAAUUCUGUAUUUUUUACUUAUGUAUGAAUUAACCCUAACCCUUCAUUGUUAAAAAUUGUAAUUGUCAUACAACUUUUCCUACAGUGUUUAUUUUCCAAAGACUAAAACCAUGAAUAAGGUACAUCAGUAAUCCUAAAUAGUCCUAUGCGUGCUUUCUCCCGUACUAUACUUCUAUACGAACAUUGCUACUAAUCAGUGCAAUUUAGAGAGUUUCUAAACAAAUCUGAUCUAAAGAUUUGUGCUUAUAAUGUACUCGAACAGGAUAAAGCCAUCUGAUGUGUAAUGCUGUUCAGUCCAAGGAUGCAAAGUGGGGAAAGUGGGUCUACACAGACUGAUGGUGAAAGACUUCCAGAGGGGCAAAACGUGGCUGACCGCGAAACCCAAACUACGACGAGAGCACUGAGGUGGAGCAGUGGAAGAACAUCUAAAUGUGUUAAAAACACUUCAAGUCCGAAGACUGCAAGGCGGACUUCAGGUAUAAAAUCAUGGGUAUCAGAUCCCGGACCGAACUCACAGAAGAAGCGAGGACCUUAAAUGGUCAGAGUUUACCCACGGACAUGUCCCCCCCUGACCGUAAACUGACCGAGCUAAUCCUAGUAAAUAGACAACCACCAACUAAGAAGUAUAUACGAAAAAGGUCUGAUGAGGCAAGCAUGGCUCUCAAGGACUGUUUUGACAGUACGGAUUGGGAAGUACUGUACAGUGCUCACGGGGAAGAUGUAGCUAGUAUGACUACUUGUGUCACAGAUUACAUUAAUUUCUGUGUGAAUAACACUAGCUGUAAAGAGGGUACGAUGUUCUCCGAAUAAUAAACCCAGGUCAGGGUGACCCCUGACCUGAAAAACUUGCUGAAUCUGAAAAAAAAGGGCUAUUGCAUCUGGGGAUAAAGAGGAAUUAAGGAGAGUGCAAAAGGAUGUGAAGAGGGAAAUAAGAAGGGGAAAGGACAACUACAGGAGGAAACUGGAGGAGCGCCUUCAGAGUAACAAUGUCAGGGAGGCCUGGGGGGUUUUGACAAAUAUCUCAGGCCAUAGCAAAGUAGGAGGUAGUGGACCUGAAGAUGGGGACAGGGAGUGGGCUGAUUAGUUAAAUCUAUUUUUUAACCGAUUUGAUGCGGAGGCCUCCGGUACCACUCAAGAUCCCGUCCACCAGAGCCCAGUCCAAUCGGCACCACCAGCCUACACCACCAGCCUGUUCCUCUCUGGGGUAACCCCCCACUUCCCUCCCCCCACGUGUCCAUCUCCUCCUCCAGUAGUGCUCUUCACUUCACGUAACCCCUCCCCCACUCACUCAGGGCGUGUCUUUCCAGCCUGCGGGGGUCUCACCUCUCCCCCCGGCCUACCCAGAACUACAGAUCAGGUGAGAGAUGUGUAUAGGAGGAUGAAGGUGAGGAAGGCUACGGGUAGCCCCAGACUGCUUAGGGACUGUGCUGAUCUUUCAGUUAUUUUUUAACAUCAACCUGGGUCUGGGGAGAGUCCCAAUCCUGUGGAAGGCUUCCUGUGUUGUCCCUGUCCCCAAGACAGCGCACUCCAGGUAGCCCAACCACUUCAGGCCAGUGGCUCUGACAUCACAUCUAAUGAAGGCCUUGGAGAGGAUUGUGCUGAACCACCUUCGCUGCCUGGCGGGCAGUGAGCGGGACCCCCUCCAGUUCGCGUAGCGACAAGGAGUCGGUGUGGAGGAUGCAAUAAUCCUCCUCCUCCACCGUUCGCUCUCUCACCUGGAGAAAAAUAGGGGCUCUGUUAGAGUCAUGUUUUUGGAUUUUUCCAGCGCCUUCAAUACAAUCCAGCCAGCACUUCUGAGGGUGAAGUUGGAAGGAGCGGGGGUUGACCCGUCAUCUUGCCGCCUGGAUCAUUGACUACCUCACCAACAGACCACAGUACGUGAGGCUGCGUGGCUGCGAGUCCGAUGUGGUACUCUGCAGCACGGGGACCCCACAAGGAACUGUGCUCUCCCUCCUUUCUCUUCAGGCUGUACACUUCGGACUUCAGAUACAUUACGGACAGUUGUCACCUCCAGAAGUUCUCAGAUGACACAGCAAUUGUUGGCUGUGUUACAAAGGGGAAUAGGCUGGAGUACAGGGGGGUCAUCAUCACCAGCUUUGUUGAAUGGUGUGGAAAAAACCAUCUUCAGAUGAACACCAGUAAGACAAAGGAGAUGGUGAUUGACUUCAGCCGUAAGGCACCACCAAUUGCACCAGUGAACAUCCAGGGAGGCGACGUUGAGGUGGUAUCAGCCUACAAAUACCCGGGUGUUCACCUCAACAAUAAACUGGACUGGUCACACAACACAGAUGCGUUGUACAAGAAGGGCCAAAGUCGUCUACACUUGCUGAGAAGAUUGAGGUCUCUUUGGGUGUGCAGGCCGCUGUUAAGGACUUUUUAUGACACUGUUGUUGCAUGUGUCAUUUUUUAUGCCGUUGUCUUUUGGGGUUGUGGGUUCACUGAGAGGGACAGGAGGAGACUUCAUAAGCUGGUGAAGAGGGCUGGCUCUGUCCAGGGCUGUACACUGGAGCCUGUUGAGGUGGUAGGGGAGAGGAGAGGAGGAUGUUGGACAAAUUGGAACCCAUCAGGUCCAAUUCCUCUCAUCCUCUCCAUGAGACAGUGGCAGUGCAAAACAGUUCCUUUAGUAAAAGAUUAUUACACCCAGCAUGUAAGAAGGAACGUUUCCCGAAGGUCUUUUAUUCCAUCUGUCAUAAGACUCUAUAACACAUCGGUUAUGAAACGUGUUGCGACCAAAUCACUUCAACAAAAUUAAUAAUGCAAUACUUGAAUUUAAUAAUGUGCAUUUUCCACUGUACAUUUGUGACAAAGUGUUUUAUUCUGUAGUGAGGCACCUCUUGGCCUCAUUGAUUGUGUAGCUCAUGGGUGUGUGCAGUUUUGGCCCUUAUCUGGCAUGACAUUGUCAUUAUUGUGUGAUUUAUUUAUAUUUAUUGUAUUUAUUUUAUUUUGUAUUAUCUUAUGGAUGUAGGAUUGUUGGACUUUAUUUAUUUUAUUUUAUUAUUGUUUAUUAUUCCAUGAACGGAGUUGCAUAUCUGUUAUGUAUUUUGGGGUUACUAUGAUUCCGUAGUAAGGAAGCACCGGGGGGAUUCUUGGUAAUUUUCUGGCGGGAGUCUCUCGCAACCACUGCAAUGCACCAUGGUGGAAUAAGAAAUGGAAUACACAGUUAAAGUAACGUCGUUGUCGGAGUCUAUGUUGGUUAUACCGGAAACCUGUAAAGAGGUACAAAUAUAACAAAGACAAAAUAUUAUUUUGCGGAAAUUAGGCCACAAUUCCGCGUGACGUCACGUUGUUGCCGGAAGACGCUCUGCAGCACAUCUGAAUGAAGCAUGGAGUGAAGGGACGGACAGCUCACAGCUUCAAGUCAAGAGAGACAGGAUGGUUCGUGUUUGUGCCUUUCCCGGCUGCGAAACAAAAAUGAAAAGGUACAACCCAGAAACGUUUCAUAGGCUGCCAUUGCGGUACGAUGACCGGUCUCUCGUGAACUCGUGGCUAAUCGUCUUGAAUAUGGAUAUCGAGACGCCAUACGAGACGCUGAUUCGGAAGGAUUACCGUGUCUGCAGUGCUCAUUUCGAUGAGGACGACUUCGUCGUUCCUAAGAGAGCUGCAGACCCUAAUAACCCAAAGAAAGUUUCCUUGAAGAAGUGUGCUGUUCCACGAGUGAAGGCAAUGGCUACGGAUAGACUGGAGACUGCGCCGUGUGAGGAGAGUUGCCCCGAGAUAACCUUUGACGUAUCCGAGUUUAACUUUGAGGAAAACAAUUGUUCAAAUGAAGACGGAGGGGAAGAAGAAAACAUUUGUUCUAAUGAAGAAGGGGAAGAAGAAGAAGAAGAAGAAAAGAUGAUUGACAACCCUGAUUCAGACUGGGAAUUGGAACUAUCCGACAUAUUGGAGAGCGAUGACUCUGACCAAAUGGAGAGCGAUGACUUUGAUUCAGAAUUGCUUAGAAGGGUACGUCAACUUUGUCCUGAAUGCGGUGCCUUUUUCUUUACGUCUAAGACUCACACAUGCGAGUAUAAAAUCAAGCCAGUUUCCUGCAACGUUUGUGGUAAGAAAUGCGUGGACAAAGGUGCCCUGAAAGCUCAUAGCCGUAUCCACAAGGAAAGCUAUGAGCACCCCUGCAAGUUCUGCAUGGUUCCCUUUAAAACAAGACUUGAUAAACUGGCCCAUGAGAGAGCUCACACCCACAAAGCAAAACCAUAUGAAUGCCCUGACUGUUCCAUGGCAUUUUCCAAGCUCCCUGCACGCAAUUUACACUUGAAAGGCCACAGGGGUCCCAAAAUGUUUCCCUGCUCCUAUUGUUCUUUAGAAUUCCGGACUCGCCACUCUUUCGACCGACACAUGGUGGUGCACAAUGGUGUGAAGCAAUUUCUUUGCAAGUUCUGCUUUCGUUCCUUCAACCAGCCGGGCCACCUCACAUCCCACCUGCGCCUGCACACCGGGGAGAAGCCCUACCAGUGCAAGCAUUGUGACGAGAGCUUCAAUCACAACGUGAGCCUGAAGAGUCACGUUACGCGGUACCACAAAGGAGCCUCUGACUCGGAGCCUAUGGGGGACACACCAGAGAGGAUGGAACCACCAGGAACCGGUAUAGAGGAGGUGAAUGAGGAGCUGGUCAUUGGAGACACCGAGGAUACAGUUGGGGAUGUUAUCGACGGAGACCCUAAGCUGAAAGAAGUAGCAAAGCAGUUCAAGAAGUCUGAUUAUAGGUCCAUGGGUAGACCCAAAGGAAGGCCCAAAAUACACUCUUCGACGAGGGAGAAAGACUUGAUUUCGGUUCUGCGAGGGGAGGCCCCGGACCCAACCACAGCAUCUGAUACGUCAGAGGAGGUUCAUUUGAGGAGAGCCACAUCCAAAAACAUUGAAAGUGAUGACAGGGAUCGAACCUCUGAAUUUACAGUAGAGGAUGACAUGCAGGAAACCAAGGUACUGAGGAAGGGCAAGUCGAAAGCCAGACCAAAGUCCUUGACCACGCAGAGGAUGUUUUUGAGAGUGACUCGGACAAUGACCCUAAAGAAGAGGAGGCUAAAGUGAUACAGACAAGGCCUCAAACGUCAGGAAAAGUAGGACGACGUAGAGGAAGGCCAAGGAAAAAUCUUGUUGUCUUAAAAGUCAUAAUUUGGAAGUAUUUAAUUUUUCUAAUGUGUACAGGAAAAAUUUGACUAAACAAGAUUCGCCAGAACAGAUUGGGUCUACGCAACUAUCUUUACUCUAGGAUAAUUGCAUUGGCAAGAAUAUUGCAAUUACAUAUGGAAUAUAAAUAUUUGAUGUGAUGUGUGAUUGUCGUAAAAAUUAUUAUUUGACAAUGAAUGUGUCUUUGAUGCCAGAUAUUCAAGUUUAUCAAACAAUUUGCCUUUUGCGUUUGUUGUUGAGCAGUCCUCCUUAGACUGCCCUAGCAACUAUAAAAAUGUAAUAUUUAAUUAAAAAAUUGAUAACGAUUUUAA